AUGGAGAGCCAGAAUCCCCCACCUCAGACGCAUGACGGAUACAUGGAGAUCAGCCAAGCUCCAUCAAUCUCCGCCCUGCUGGCCAACCCCUCUAUCGACCACUUUGGAGUCCCAAUCCCAGUCGAGUAUCCCGAGCUCUGGAUCACAAAAGCCAGCGCUAACAGGAAAACGUUCGGAAGGCUUUCCGAAGACGAUAUCGAUGCCAUCCACCGCGUGAUUGCUCCCGCCGCCGUGGAGUGGGAGAUGAAAUACGGUACCAUCUAUACUCGCUCCCCGGGGCCCAUCGACGACAGACAUUGGGGGCUUCAGGGCGCCAAAGUAGUGCCCGUUAGGCUCAACCUACCUGCAGGUGCAAGCAUCGGCUCGUUCGCGGGCGACAAGGCUCUGAGGAACCACGACUUCACGGCCCUGUCUCAAACGGGGCUGCCAGGCGGGGACCGGCCCCAGGAUCUCAUCCGGUGGAGGCUCUACGACUCCCGCUGGCGCCGAAAGAUAUCCUAUCCCUCGGAAUAUAUCGUCUGGGAGGACCCCGACAGCGGGAAACUGUACGCCCAGAUUCCGAGGCCCCUCGAGGGUAUGAGCCGCACGGGCUGCGACCACUGCCGGAUCCACGACCCGGAUCACGCCGGGGAGUUCGUCGAGUACUUUGAUGACCGGCGCCACGUCGGCGAGUUCCGCACGAUGAGCUCGGGGGACACGGCCGUCACUCCGUUCAACCUCUGCAGGUUCCACUGGUGGUACGUCUGGUCCGGAGAGCUGUUGCGGCAGAGCCAGAUCCACGCGCUGGAGUUGUUCGUCAGCGGCGACCUUCUGGAGAGGUGGGGGAUAUCUCACAUGCGAGAUUUCCUCCUCUUUAUGGGAUCACACUUUUCAACCGCUUAUGAGUUGCGUGCCGAUGACUUAGCGGGGAGAAGACCCCCAGGGCCGGGCCCGGCGCGAGGCGCUUGGUUGAAUACGAUCGGACGCGCGGAUCUGGAAGAAUUGGAGAACUCUAACUUGCCGAACGCCCAAGGAGCAACGGCGCCUAACACACACGCGGAUCAGUCGGUGCCUGGUGGUCAACCAGCCAGCGCCACAACGGCCGAUGGACCAGAUGGUACCAAGGCCAGCGAUCAGAGCACCGUGGAGCCCGCAUCUCCAGGCCUGAUAGAUGCCUACGUCAGAAGCCUCAAAUUUUAUCUGCUUAAGUUGGGGUUCGAGAAAGCAGCCUCCGACCUGGGCAAACUUAGAAGUCCAAGACAGGUGAGCAGACAGGCGGUAUUUGGCCUUCCCAUGCGCGCUUCUCGUCGCCGCGGCGUAUCCUUGCCGAAAGCUACAUCGUUUCUCGACGGGUUUCCCGCCCUGAUCUUGGCUCAAGAAAACAACGGACUCGCAAUUCGUCGUGCCAACGGAGACUCACAGCCCAUGAACGAAUCAGGUGCAUCGUCGAGUGCCGCAAACUCGAUGCCCGCUCCAGAGUCCGCUGGCACUGACACUGACACGGUUGGGCCAGCAGAGCGGCCACGCACGAACGGGCAGUCGACGCCGGCACCGAACUACACUUCGCCAGCUGGUGCCGGUGUCAACGGUGUGACGGCCUCUCAAGCCAACGGUCUCGCUCCAUCAAGAACCGUGGCAGCGGUUCCUCACCCGCAGACUAAGGGUACGCCGGCGUCGAGAAACGAUGGAUUUCUGCGCUCGCCGCCGAUAGGACCGCGAGCUUGGCUGAAGAAUCAAGCAAAAUAG